AUGGAGGAAUUUCAAGGAUAUUUAGAACUCGAUAUAUUUCGGCAACACGAUUUCCUAUACCCACUUAUCUUUCGGGAAUAUAGUUAUGCACUUGCUCAUGGUCAUGGUUUAAAUAGAUACAUGUUGUUGGAAAAUAUAGGUUAUGAUAAUAAAUCUAGUUUACUGAUUGUAAAACGCUUAAUUACUACAAUGUAUCAACAGAAUUAUUUGAUAAUUUCUGCUAAUGAUUCUAAACAAAAUCCAUUUUUUGGGUACAACAAGAAUUUGCAUUCUAAAAUUCUAUCAGAAGGAUUUGCAAUCAUUGUGGAAAUUCCAUUUUAUCUACGAUUAAUAUCUUCUUUAGAAGGGGCAGAAAUCGUAAGAUUUUACAAUUUACGAUCCAUUCAUUCAAUAUUUCCCUUUUUAGAGGAAAAGUUCCCACAUUUAAAUUAUUCGGCGGAUAUACUAAUACCCUACCCUGCCCAUCUGGAAAUAUUGGUUCAAACCCUUCGUUACCGGGUGAAAGAUGCUUCUUAUUUGCAUUUAUUGCGGUUCUUUCUUCAUGAGUAUUCUAAUUGUAACAGUCUUAUUAUUACAAAUAAAUCUAUUUCCAUUUUUUCAAAAAGUAAUCCGAGAUUCUUUUUAUUCCUAUAUAAUUCUUAUAUAUGUGAAUACGAAUCCAUCUUCCUUUUUCUCCGUAACCAAUCUUCUCAUUUACGAUUAACAUCUUCUGGAGUCCUUUUUGAACGACUCUGUUUAUAUAGAAAAAUAGAACAUUUUGCCGAAGUCUUUGCUAAUGAUUUUCCGGUCAUCCCAUGCUUUCUCAAGGAUCCUUUCAUGCAUUAUGUUAGAUAUCAAGGAAAAUCAAUUCUGGCUUCCAAAGACACACCUCUUCUAAUGAAUAAAUGGAAAUCUUACCUUGUCAAUUUAUGGCAAUGUCAUUUUGAUGUAUGGUCUCACGCGGCAAGUAUCCGUAUAAACCAAUUAUCCAAGCAUUCCCUCGAUUUUUUGAGUUACUUUUCAAGUGUUCGACGAAAUCCUGCAGUGGUGCGGAAUCAAAUGCUAGAAAAUUCAUUUCUACUAAAUAAUGCUCCCAAUAAACUCGAUACAAUAGUUCCAAUUAUUCCUCUGAUUGGAUCAUUGGCUAAAGCGAAAUUUUGUAACGCAGUAGGGCAUCCAAUUAGUAAGCUGACUCGGGCCGAUUUAUCGGAUUUUGAGAUUAUCAAUCGAUUUUUGCAUAUAUGCAGAAAUCUUUCUCAUUAUUACAGCGGAUCCUCAAAAAAAAAGAAUAUGUAUCGAAUAAAAUAUAUACUUCGGCUUUCUUGUGUUAAAACUUUGGCCCGUAAACACAAAAGUACUGCACGCGCUUUUUUAAAAAGAGUGGAUUCGGAAUUCUUCCAAGAAUUCUUUACCGAGGAAGGGGGGUUUAUUUCUUUGAUCUUCCCAAGAGCUUCCUUUGCUUUGCGAAGGUUAUAUAGCGGGCGAGUUUGGUAUUUGGAUAUUAUUUUCAUCAAUGGUCUGUCCAAUCACGAAUGA